UGUGGGACAUGAGUUUCCGGUUUAUCGACGUGUGAUCCUCUUUUUCCUUCUUCUUCAUCGCUGUAGCCACGGAGAUAUGCCAUUAGCGAAGGAUCUAUUGAAUCCGAGUCCGGAGGAGGAAAAGAGGAGACACAAGAAAAAACGACUUGUGCAGAGUCCGAAUUCUUAUUUCAUGGAUGUGAAGUGUCCAGGCUGCUACAAGAUCACCACAGUGUUCAGUCAUGCUCAGACUGUGGUGUUGUGUGUUGGAUGUUCUACAGUCCUCUGCCAGCCCACAGGAGGGAAAGCCCGCCUUACAGAAGGAUGCUCAUUCAGGAGGAAACAGCACUAGCGUGACUGGAGACAUUGUGAAACUGCAGUGGGCGAGUGGACCAUGGUCGUCACAGGACACACUGCCAAGGACCGAAUGUAACAAGAGAGCAGGAAAUCAAUCAAGAUGUGGUUUGUCCAGAAAAUGUGCACAGAGGACCACACACCCGCUUAUGAUUUUAAACUGCUUGGAUUGGGUAAAAUCUUGCAUGUUUGUGAUCCGUGAUCUUGUUCUUUUUACUCUUGGAGGAUCUCUGGUUUUAUUCACCUGAUGGAAGGCAUUUGUCAUCUGAGUUAUGCUGUAAGCAUUGAGAUGAAUAUCCUCAUGUUUGUGUGCCUGGUGACUGCCCGUUUCUUAAAUUCCACCGUUGAUUAACGCCUUCUAAUCAAUGGGAUAUUUCACUUUAUGUUUCCUCCAACAAACAGCUGUUACAAAGGUGACACCUUGUGGCUGAGAUAUCAAAUUGCCUCAGAAGGUUUGCUUGGCUAGAUGGAACUCUUAAAUGAACAAAUAUAUGCAGAGGUCCUUAGUUGUGGACUCUUAAAAAUGUGUGCAACUGUGAACUAGGGGGAUUUUUAGGCAAA